AUGACAAGCAACGAACAAACGUGCGAAGAACUUUAUGGGCCUUACCCUAAGGCUAUUCCCACUCCCUUUCUUGAUAAGGACGAGAAAACCCCAUCAUCGGAUGUCAUUGAAAAAGCCAAGACCAUCUACGAUGUGAAGGAGUGCGAUUAUCGUGAUAAGGGAACUCCUGAUGAGUGGUUGCCCCGUGAUGGCCGCCUUGUUCGAUUGACCGGUCGUCAUCCCUUCAAUGUGGAGCCUCCCAUGUCCAUCCACAACAAGUACCGAUUUAUUACUCCAUCAAGCUUGCACUAUGUGAGAAAUCACGGUGCCUGCCCCCAACUCAAGUGGGAAGAGCACACUAUUUCCUUUGGCGGUCCAUGUGUGACCAGCCCAUUCGAAAUUUCCAUGGAUGAAUUGGCUGCAAUGGAACCUCGAGAAUUGCCCGUCACUUUGGUCUGUGCUGGUAACAGACGCAAGGAACAAAAUAUGAUCCGUCAAACCAUUGGAUUUAAUUGGGGACCUGCUGGAGUCUCCACCAAUGUCUGGAAGGGUGUCAUGCUUCGUGAUUUGCUCAUCAAGGCUGGGGUGUCUGAGAAGAAUAUGCGAGGAAAGCAUGUGGAGUUUAUUGGAAUUGAAGAUUUGCCCAACAAGGUCGGACCAGGUCCUUUCCCUGAUGAACCAUGGGGGAAACUUGUAAAGUACGGUACCUCGAUUCCUUUGGCUCGGGCCAUGAACCCUGCCUACGACGUCAUUGUUGCCUACGAGGCUAACGGUGACGUCCUUCAACCCGACCAUGGAUUCCCCGUUCGUCUUAUCAUUCCUGGAUAUAUUGGCGGUCGAAUGAUUAAAUGGCUCAAGGAGGUUAAUGUGAUUGAGCAUGAAACCAAAAAUCAUUACCACUACCACGACAACAGGAUUCUCCCCCCUCACAUCACCGCUGAAGAAUCUCUCAAGGGAAAUUGGUGGUACAAACCUGAGUACAUUUUUAAUGAACUCAACAUUAACUCUGCAAUGUCCUCACCCGAUCACAACGAGACCUUGUCUAUCGCCAAGAACAUUGACAAGCAUUACGAGUGCGUCGGAUAUGCCUACACCGGAGGCGGCCGCAAGAUUACUCGUGUGGAGGUCAGUACUGAUGGUGGUGUUCACUGGCAAUUGGCUGAGGUCGACUGCAAGGAAAAGCCCACGAACUACGACAUGCACUGGUGCUGGGUUUGGUGGACCUACAAGGUCAAGGUCUCCGACUUGGUUGGCUGCAAGGAAAUCAUCUGCCGUGCUUGGGAUGAGGCGAAUAACACUCAGCCCGACUCUCCUACCUGGAACUUGAUGGGAAUGGGAAACAACCAAGUUUUCCGAAUCAAGGUCCACAUGGAUAAGUCUGCUUCGGGCGAGCACGUCUUCCGCUUUGAACAUCCCACCAUGGCCGGACAACAAGCUGGUGGGUGGAUGACCAAGAUCUCUGGCAAGCCCGUCUCCGCAGGAUUUGGAAAGCUCUUGGAGGUUCUCGAGCCCCAAGCAGACGAACCUGAACCCGCCCAAGCAGCCAAGGGAAGCAAGAAAACCUUCACCAUGGCCGAAGUGGAGAAGCACAACUCUGAAGAAGACUGCUGGAUCAUUGUCAAGAACAAGGUCUACGAUGCCACCGAGUACCUCGAACUGCACCCUGGUGGUGUGGAUUCCAUCACUAUCAAUGCUGGAGCCGAUGCCACCGAAGAUUUUGUGGCAAUCCACUCUGCCAAGGCCACCAAGAUGCUUGAAAAAUACUACAUCGGCGACCUUGACACUUCGUCGAUCAAGAAGGAGGCUACUUCCGACGAGCUGACCGAUGCCAAGGGAAACAAGCUUGCUUUGAACCCCAAAAAGAAGACUCCCUUCAAGCUCCAAAAGAAGAUCGUUUUGUCUCGCGAUUCCUACAUGUUGGACUUCGCCUUGCCUACCAAGGAUCACGUGUUGGGAUUGCCAACCGGAAAGCACAUCUUCUUCUCGGCCAAGAUCGGAGACGAGAUGGUCAUUAGACGGUACACUCCCAUCUCUUCCAACUACGAUGUGGGCUGUGUCAAGUUUGUCAUCAAGGCAUACAGACCCUGCGAACGAUUCCCCAAUGGUGGAAAGAUGAGUCAGUACUUGGAUGCAUUGAAGAUUGGGGACGAGUUGGAUUUGCGUGGACCAGUCGGUGAAUUCGAGUACAUUGCCAACGGAGACUUCUUGUUGGACGGCGAAGAGUCCAAGGCGAGGUGCUACAAUAUGAUUGCUGGCGGAACAGGUAUCACCCCUGUCAUGCAAAUUGCGGCUGAGAUCCUCCGUCAUCCCGAAGACAAGACCAAGAUCUCGCUCAUCUUUGCUUGCAGGGAGGAAGGAGACUUGUUGAUGCGAUCAACCCUUGACGAAUGGGCUGCCAACUUCCCUGAUAAGUUCAAGGUCCACUACAUCCUUUCUGAUGCCUGGCCUUCAGACUGGAAGUUUUCGACGGGAUUUGUUGACAAGAAGCUUUUUGCUGAACACCUGUAUGACGCAGCCGGCGAUGUUUACAACCUUAUGUGUGGACCUCCCAUCAUGCUUGACAGAGGAUGCACACCCAACUUGUUGGCGCUUGGACACAAGAGGGAGUCCGUCUUCUCGUUCUAA